AUGGCGUCGAUGGCGGCGGCGAUCGCGGCCUCGCGCUCGGCCGUCAUGAGCGGGAACCGGCCGCUGGACGACCGGGAGCGGAAGCGCUUCACCUACUUCUCAUCGCUGAGCCCCAUGGCCAGGAAGAUCAUGCAGGACAAGGAGAAGAUCCGGGAGAAGUACGGGCCCGAGUGGGCGCGGCUGCCGCCGGCGCAGCAGGACGAAAUCAUCGACCGCUGCCUGGUGGGGCCGCGCGCCCCGGCCGCCGCCGACGCGGGGGACGUGCGGGACCCGACGCGCUUCCCCGGCCUGCGCGGGCCCACGGGCCAGAAGCUGGUGCGCUUCGGCGACGAGGACAUAACUUGGCAAGAUGAACACUCGGCCCCAUUCUCCUGGGAGACAAGGAGUCAGAUGGAAUUCAGCAUCUCCUCCUUAUCCAUCCAGGAGCCCAGCACUGCCACUAUGACCAGUGAUACCAGGCCCCUGGCCAAGGCUCCUCAGGGCACACAGGGUUCCAAACCUGCCCAGGGCAGCAGAUCCUCUAGCCUGGAUACCCUGGGACCAUCUCGAAAAGAGGAGGAAGCAUCGUUCUGGAAGAUCAAUGCUGAGCGCUCUCGGGAGGGGCCUGAGGCUGAGUUCCAGUCCCUGACACCCAGCCAGAUCAAGUCCAUGGAGAAGGGGGAAAAGGUUCUGCCAGCCUGCUACCGCCAGGAGCCCACCACAAAAGACAGGGAGGCCAAGCCUGUGCCACAGGAACAGCAAACCCUCCCCAGUAUGAAUGCAGAGCAGGAGGUACCCCAGCCGGUGCAAGCCCCUGCCAGCUUGCUGCCCAAGGCUACUACCCACACUGUGUCCCCAGAGAAGCUACCGCCUCCUGCUGCCCAGCAGGAUGAAGACGAUGAUGACGCCCUGUUCUCAGAGCCCACACUUUCGCAGAUCAGCUCAAGUAACGUCCUCUUGAAGACAGGCUUUGAUUUUCUGGACAACUGGUAAAUGGUGCUACCCAGAAACACAACCAGGAGCCCCCAGCGUGGCCCACCGUGGUGUUCAGAGGAGAAAGCAGCACUGCCUGCGUAUUUUCCUGUUUUCUCUACUCUUUUCUUAGUCUUUUGGAAACUAGGAAAUGUUGCCAGGUUUUCCCUGUUUUUGGUAAAACCAAAUAGAUAAAUAUACUAUUUUCAAUGAUUUGAUAACAAGUUUUACACUUGGGAUUUUUAAACACUAGGAAUCCAGUAAGCUUUGUAAAUAAAACUUCUGUUCCCAGCUCCAUCCUACCUUCCCUCCAGCAAGGUUCCCUGACCAAGUCACAAAACGCAAAAAGCGAUUCUUUCUCCUCUCUUUGAGGACUCCCUGGAUGGAUAUGGGCUGUUGCCUGUCACUGUGGAAGAUUCAUCCUUAAAAACUGUGCUCACCUGGUACUCUUCCUUUGCGGAAGCCAGGUUUGGCAUUAUCUGUCCUUCCCCUACCAAACUCAUAGGAAACACUGCGGGUAGGUGGCAGGUGCCCUCUGAGCUGUCCUGGUGACUUACUCAGAGCUCUCUCUGAUCGCUGUCUAAAAGCAGCUGCCCGUUAUAUCAGAUUCUCCUUGUAUAUAGAGCUGUAGCAGGUUCCUUGGCUCGGUGGGAAUUUCCUUCAGGAAGUUAUUAAAACAGGGUGGUGACAGCUGCGCUGGACAUCAGGGCUCUUCUGAUUCACUAAGGUUGAACCUUCCAGAAUGAGGCUUCCAGGCCUGAGCAUCCUUUACCCCAGUCUGGCCGGGCUGUCUUAUGCUGGACACUCCUCCAGACCUGACCACAUUUCAAGUGCAAGAGGCUUUCCUGAUAGUUCCGGAAGCUUCCCCUUGCAUCCCCGAGAGCUCACAGCAGCAAGGCAGAGUGAGGAGCUUGUGCCUCACCCGGAAUUUGCUGCCCUCUGUCCUCACCACCCUGCCAUGGCCCCUGGACCCCAUACACCUUCAGGAUGCCAAGCAGAUCUGUGAGCUCAGGGUGGCAUGGUCUACCCUUUGCUACCACUCCGUUCUCCUCACCUGAAGCCUUAAUCUCCACGAGCCCUCCUCCCAGCGCCUGGUUUCAUUACUGAAAGUGUAGCCUCCUUAAUGUCUGAAGUAGCUUCUGGAAUGUUUUAUUUAGCUCCAAGGUAAAGCACAUGGCAACUCCCCAGCCAUUAUCCCCUCGCCUAAGAAGACAUGCCAAAGCUGUACUUAGCCAAUAUUGAUGUGAUACCUGCCAAUUAGCUUUUGUCCUGAACCUCCCUCGGUCCCCGGUGCUCCAGGUUUGCCUUCCUCCAGCAACUUUUGAGGAGUCAUCUUUCCGCACUGUUUGUAGGGGAAUUGAUACUGAGGAAGAUUUGAAGCUUGUGCAACAAUGUUUCCCUUCCCCAUGAGUCUAUGCUCCCAUAGCACUGCUGUAGCAGGAGGAGACUCUCGGCUGAGUGUAGACAACCUCUGUGACUGGCCCCAUGGGUGACUCUCACAGUGGUGUUUGCAAGGAGUCCUCUGAAGAGCAGGUGGAAGUCACGGAUAGGGACUCCAGGAAGGCUCCUAAAGGACCCGCCUGACCUGGGGGUUGUCCUUGUACCUGGGCAGAGUCCACACCACGCUGGCUUCUUGGUCUCCCCCAGGGACUAUGUGGCAGUGACCAGGAAAUCAGAACUGUAUUUUCCGUUUUUCCUUCCUCCAUACAUCCUGAUGAAGUACAUUCAUUUUUCUUCUCUGAAGCACAUUCUUUGGCCGAAGCUAGUGUAUGAUGCUGUACUCCACCACAUGCCCACACUUAGCUCCUGGGAGGCAGCUCCAGGGCUCCGUGUCUUGCUCUUGGUGGCUGUGUCCAACAGAAGCUCUCAGGAACCCAGGCUCUGCGUGUCUGGUUUGUCCCUGAAUCCCAGCCCUCUGGGUUGGAUCCGAUCCUGUCAGGAGCAGUGGAGUCUGCCUCCUGGCCAGGUGCACUCCUCAUGCCAGUGUGGGAGUGGCCUUCCAUUCUUCACUCUGCCCUCUCCUUUGAUACAUACUUUCGAAAUCGUAAAUUCUUACUGACAGCUUGUAAUUUGGUCCUAUUUUAUACUCAAGCCUUUAAUAAAGCCAUUUUAAAAAUGAGA